AUGGCCAAGGAACUACUGGAGGACACACUGACGUGCGCCAUCUGCCUGGGGCUCUACGAGGACCCGGUGACUCUGCCCUGCGGCCACAACUUCUGCAGGGCUUGCAUCUGGGACGGGUGGGGUCGCCUGGAGAAGGCUUGCCCGCAGUGCCGGGAGCCCUUCCCCGAAGGCGCUGACCUGCGCCGCAACGUGGCGCUCAGCGACGUGCUCGAGGUGGUGCGCGCCGAGCGCCGCCAGGCCCCCGGCCCCGCCGCGGCCCCACACCGGGACACCGGUGCCGACACCGUCGCUCGCUGUCCCCUGCACGGGCGGCCGUUCGAGCUCUUCUGCCGCACAGAGGGCCGCUGUGUGUGCAGCGCGUGCACCGUGAGCGUGUGUCACUUCCACGAGAGGGCGCUGAUGGACGCUGAGCGCGGGAAGCGCGAGGCCCAGCUGAGAGCCAUGCUGGAGGUUGCCCGGCAGCAGGCCGCCCAGGCUGAGAGCCAGCUACAGGAACUGCAGCAGCAAAGCAGCCAGAUCCAGAGCUCGGCCUGCACCCUGGCUUCCAGGGUCUCUGGCAAGUUCAGCUGCCUGAUGCAGGCCCUGGAGAUGCGUCGGGACUUGGUGCUGAGGGACCUCAACGUGGCCAAGACGCGGGCACUGGCACAGGCCCGGGAGGAGGAGCAGCGACUACGGGACCACCUGGAGGCUGCGACUCGCUUCGACCGCAGGAUCCAGGACCUCCUGGGGCAGCUGGACGACCGAACCUUCCUCCAGGAAUCGCAGCUCCUGGCAGCCCCAGAGCCCCUGGGGCCACUGACCCCUCCACAGUGGGACGCAGAUAAGCAGCUGGGUGGCCUGAAGGAGUGUCUGAGCCAGCUUUGCGGCCUCCUCUUGGAUGAGGGUGGCUCCCACGGGGCACCAGCUGACACUGCUGACUUGGUUCCCAUGGAGGCCCCAGGUGCUGUGGCAUCGGUCCCAAGCCCAGUUUGUCCGCUGAGGAGGAAACUCUGGCAGAAUUAUCGCAACCUGACCUUUGACCCAGAGAGCGCCAACCGCCACCUUUACCUGUCUCAGCAGGACCAGCAGGUAAAGCACUGCCGGAAGCCCCGGGGCCCGGCCGAGCCGCGCAGUUUCGAGCUCUGGCAGGUCCAGUGUGCCCAGAGCUUCCAGUCGGGACGGCACUACUGGGAGGUGCAUACAUCCAACCACUCAGUGACGCUGGGCGUCGCCUACCCAGAACUGACGCGGCAGAAGCAGGGGCCCUACACAGACAACAUCGGCCGAGGGCCCAGCUCGUGGGGGCUCUGCAUCCAGGAGGACAGCACCCAGGCCUGGCACAACGGGGAGGCCCGGCGCCUCCCAAGGGUGUCGGGGAAGCUCCUGGGCAUGGACUUGGACCUGGCCGCCGGCCACCUCACCUUCUACAGCCUGGAGCCCAGGGUCGAGCGCCUGCACACCUUCCAUGCCAUCUUCACCCAGCCCCUCUGCCCCAUCUUCUGGCUCCUGGAGGGUAGGACCCUGACCCUGUGCCACAGGCCUGAGGCCAGGCUCCCUCCAGGGCUCCAAGAAGAGACCUCCGGGCUUACCUGAGGAAGGCCCGGAUGGCAGCCUCGCCUGGGGACAGGUGCCAGC